AUGCUUGAGACAAGCUAUGAAGAUCUGAUUCUGUUUCCCUCUGACGAGGCUGUGGAUGACCUUUUCUCAGGAGAUGUGCCGGGCAGUGUUGGUUUGUCCUUAGCUGAAGCUUUGCUUCCUCUAGUGGAGUCUUCCUCUCCUCUUCCAACUCCCUGGUUGUGCUCGACACGUUACAAGACCGAGCUCUGUAGCCGCUAUGCUGAAACGGGCACCUGCAAGUAUGCAGAGCGCUGCCAGUUUGCUCACGGCCUCCAUGACCUCCAUGUGCCCUCACGACACCCAAAGUACAAAACCGAACUGUGUCGCACCUUCCACACAGUGGGCUACUGUGUCUAUGGCACCCGCUGUCUGUUUGUGCACAGUCUGAAGGAGCAGCGUCCCACGCAACAGCGGCGCAGGGACAUCCCCUGCCGCACCUUCCUUUCAUUUGGCGUGUGCCCCUUUGGCUCUCGCUGCCACUUCCUACACAUGGGGAGUUGUGGCCUGGAUUCUGAUAGCGCGGGAGAGAAGUCCUGGCCACCACCGCGCUCUCAGGAGUGGAAACCCCGUGGUGCUCUCUGCCGCACCUUUAGUUCUUUUGGUUUCUGCCUCUAUGGCACACGCUGCCGCUUUCAGCACAGGCUCCCCAGUACCGUCCGAGGCCCUGACCACAGCCCUGGCUCCACCCCUUCUCCUGAGGGGCCUGGAAAGGUUCUUUAUCCAGUUUCAGACGUGUGCUCAUCCCUUUUCUCUUCCUCUCCUGCAUCACCUCCCUCAGCACUGGCCUCUCCUGUGUGUCCUGAUGAGGGGCUCCUCACACCACCAUCCAGUGAGCCAAUGGCCAACAAUGCCUUCACCUUUUCCAGCCAGCACCUCAACAGUCUGCUCACACCUCUGACACUGAAACUACAGAUGCUGGAAAAAACAGGCCACUCUCCCUUUAAAGAUGUGGUGGAUGAAUCGCUGAUUUUGAGUAUGUUUAAGAAAUGA